UAUGGUCAAAAAUGCAUCGCCAAGCUGUACCUUGUCAGCUGGUUGAUUUAUUUAAGUAUUGGUAUGAUCAUCAAGUUAACCAGGUCAAAUGGUCGGGUUCGUUCUCGGAAGAGUAUAGGUUGAGGUGUGGGGUGAGACAGGGGGGACUGUCUUCUCCUGCACUCUUCAGUUUAUAUGUGAAUGACCUGAUUGAUGGGCUUAGCAGUGCCAGGAUCGGAUGCUCCAUACAUGGAAACAUGAUUAACAGUAUAAGUUACGCGGACGAUAUGGUGCUGCUGAGUCCAUCGAUUAGUGCACUUCGUCGACUGCUGAAGACGUGUGAAGAAUAUGCGGAGUCACAUGGCCUCCGAUACAAUGUUAAAAAGAGCGAGGUCAUGAUAUUUCAUGGCAAAAAUAGCACACAGAGAAGUAUGCCGGCGGUAUGUCUUUAUGGCACACCAUUGAAUCGGGUGUCGCGGUUUAAAUACCUGGGUCACAUUGUAUCGGGGGACUUGAAUGAUGACUAUGACAUAGAGAGGGAACGAAGAGCGUUGUCGGUCCGAUGUAAUAUGCUGGCCCGUAGGUUUGCACGGUGUAAUAACGACGUGAAGACAACGUUGUUUAAAGCGUAUUGUCAGUCGUUUUACACGUGCGGCCUAUGGUUUGGGUAUACGCAGAGGGCAUACAACGCUCUUCGUAUACAGUAUAAUAAUGGGUUUAGGAUGUUGUUGGGGCUCCCUCGGUUCUGUAGCGCAUCAGAGAUGUUUGCAGCAGCGCGGGUAGAUGGAUUUGAAGCCAUAAUGCGUAAAAGAGCUGCAUCACUGAUGUCUAGAAUUCGGGGGAGCUCAAACAGCAUCCUAAAAACUGUUGCUAGUAUACCUGAUUGUCCGCUCCAGAGGCACUGGAUAACGUUGCAUUGUGGACCGAAUAGCAAACGACCUGAUGGACAGCUGAUAAUACUCUCCCUGAUGCUAUCUCACAGGAAUGGCAAACAACCUGAUGGCCAGCUCUUAGUAAAUUCCAUGAUGCUAUCUCGCAGGAAUAGCAACCAACUUGACGGAUACCUUUAG